GCGGGCCCAUCUGCAGUUGGACAUCAUUCAGCUUGAGCGUCUUGCGUCAAGAGCUUGCCAAAGCAAAUCCAACGAACUUUAAAAGCCCAACCAACAAAUCAACAACAAUGAAACUAUUCGUCUUCGCUGUGUGCGCCAUCGCCUUGGCCUACGCCGAUGUUUCCCACCUUAACCUGGGCAGUGGUUACAGCUACAACAAGCCCACGCCGACCUUCAACAUCCCCUCGGCUCCAGCUCCGGCUUAUCUGCCACCCGUUCAGGAGGUGAUCUCCGCGCCGGCUCCAGCUCCUGUGUACUCUGCUCCUGCUUACUCCGCUCCAGCCCCAGCCCCAGUCUACUCCGCUCCGGUACCCGCGCCUGUUUCGGAGUAUCUGCCUCCUGUUCAAGACAUUCCAGCUCCAGCCCCCGUUUAUUCUGCUCCGGCUGUAGCUCCAGUUUACUCUGCUCCUGCGCCAGCUCCUGAGUACUUGCCUCCCGUCCAGGACAUUCCAGCACCGGCUCCAGCUCCCGUUUACUCCGCUCCUGCGCCAGCUCCUGUUUACUCUGCUCCUGCUCCAGCUCCAGCUCCAGUUUACUCGGCUCCCGCACCAGCACCCGUUUCGGAGUAUCUGCCUCCUGUUCAGGACAUCCCUGCUCCCGCCCCAGUUUAUUAUGCUCCUGCACCAGCUCCGGUCUACUCUGCUCCUGCGCCCGCUCCAGUUUACUCUGCUCCUGCGCCAGCUCCUGAGUAUUUACCUCCCGUCCAGGACAUUCCGGCUCCUGCGCCCGCUCCAGUUUACUCAGCUCCUGCUCCAGCUCCAGUUUACUCUGCUCCUGCUCCAGCUCCAGCUCCAGUUUACUCGGCUCCUGCUCCAGCUCCAGCUCCAGUUUACUCGGCUCCUGCUCCCGCAUCAGCUUACUCUGCUCCUGCUCCAGCUCCAGUUUACUCAGCCCCAGCUCCCGUGGAGUCGGGCUACCAGUACAACGUGCCUGCCAAGCGUUUCCGCUUCUAAAUGGACAUAAGAUGGAUCCUAAAGAACGCCACAGACAUUGGAGUGGUGACAGCUUGUUAAAUUAACAAGUACCGUCGCCCAUUGUUGUUGAAUAUUUGUUGUUACGCAAAGUUCCCGUUGAGAUUUUAGCUAAUAAAAAAAUUAUAAAACAUAAA